AUACGCAACGCGGGCCGGUUUCUCCAGCGUGUGGCGCCCCCUGGUGGUAGCCGGGCUUCGAUGCCACGGCCUGACCGGAGUGUCCGCCAUGGAGUCGCAGAAAGAGGCGCGAAUACUCCAAGAGCCCGUGGCGCGGCCUCCUGGGGCCUCAAGGUCUCAGACGCCGAACGCCAAAGAGCGGCAGGAGGGCGGCCCAGUGCCGGCGGCGGCUGCCCUGGGUGCAGAGGCGGACGACGACAGUGCGGACCGGCUGUGGGAGCUGCCGGUGGAGCCAGCCAAACGGAGGCCCGAAUGCAGCCGCUGCAGCCGGCCUCAGAAAGUGUGUUUGUGUCCAUUUCUCCCAGCGCACCCUCUGCAUAUCUCUACCCAUUUGUACAUAAUUCAGCAUCCAGCAGAGGAAAACAAAGUGUUGCGUACAGUUCCUCUACUAGCAGCAUGCCUCCCCCAGGACAAGUGUAAAGUAAAGAUUGGUCGUCGCUUCAGUGAAGAAAGAGAUCCUGAACUUUCAACUGUUUGCCGGAAGUCUGGUACAUUAAUAUUAUAUCCUGGGGCUGAAGCUGCUAAUUUGGAAGAAUUUAUAUUAGAUUCUCCUGUUUAUCCUUCUACAAUCAUCAUCAUUGAUGGUACAUGGAGCCAGGCUAAGGACAUUUUCUAUAAGAAUUCCUUGUUCCGACAUCCCAAACAGCAAGAAGACUUCCAUUUGCAAGCCAGGAAGAGAACUCUCACCAGGACUGUGACCAUGCAGGUGCAGUUAAAAACUAGCAUUUCUAGUCAGUAUGUAAUUCGGAUGCAACCGACUAAUAGAUGCCUUUCUACACUGGAGUGUGCAGCUGUUGCUCUUUCCAUCUUGGAGAAAAAUAAUUACAUACAAGAGACUUUGCUUCGCCCUCUUCAAGCUUUAUGCUCUUUUCAACUUCAGCAUGGUGCCCAAAUUCGCCUCAGCAAGGAACACCUUCUGAAAAAUGGAUUAUAUACUAAACCAAUGCCAAAGAACAAACGCAAACUCAGGAAAAUGGAAUUGUUAAUGAAUAGCGUUAAAAUUUAGUACAGUUAUUCUUUUGGUGCUAGCUUACCUGUCUUCAUCUAACAAUACCAAGUUAAGUUUUCAUAUAGUUUAGGUCUGUAGGUUUUUGACUUGCUGAAGAAUGAGAAUUGCAUACUAAUCUUACCCAGAAGAAGGAAGUAAACCAAAUAUUCAUAAAAACAAAUAAACAAAAAUUCACUGGCUCACUGAAAAGCAGGAUUUCAUAUUGUACUUGUUUUUAAAAAUGUGCCUCUAAUACAUGUUUUCAAACCCAAAAUUAAAAUGUGAUUCGUUGUUGAGAUGGGUUAGAAAUUCUUACUUGUAAAAUAGAAGGAAAUUGUCGUAGUGGAUUGGAACGGUGUUGUUUCCAUUAGUGUUUAUACAUAAUUAGGUGUAGACCAAUAAUAUAAGAUACCUACAUUGGUUUGCAGUCCUAACUGUAUAGUUUGAAGUAAGUAGCAAAAGAAAAUAUAAUUACCAAGUUUUAUUAUUUUGUAAAAUAGUAUAAAGGAAUAAGGAAACUUUAAAUAUUAUUUAGGGGCUAAAUUUGAACUCAGCUAAUAUGAUUUAAGUGCUCUAUUAAUUGCCCUGAUUUUUAAAGAGGUGCAUGUAAUUUUGAAAUAGCACACAUUUUCAUUUGUAAUCACUCUGGAUAAAUUUGUAUUUUUCAAUGUUCAUUGAACAGGCUGAUUGACUUUGGUAAACUUAUUUUAUUGAUGUUUUCAUAUGGAAAAUAAUAAGUGGAAUAUGAUACAACUGUUAUUUUCGGAACAUAUUUCUUUAGGGCUAUUUAAGAUAACCUUUUUAAUGGGCAAAAACUUUGAAUUUGAGAGAAAAAAUUCCUCCUGCUUUGUGGAAAAAUAUUUGCUGGGAUUUUGUAUGGAAUAAGAGACAUGUAUGUAACAUAUAUUUAUAUGCAGCCUAAGUCUACUGCAAUUAUGUACACAUCUUGGCAAGAAGAGGGGAUUUUGUUUAGUCUUUGUUUAUGACUUCUAGAGUUUCUGUAUCUGGUGUUAAGUUGUAAGGAAAAACUAAACAUGCAAUUUAAAGGUAAACUUGGUAACUAUUUAUAGAGCAUAUACCAAUGAUUAUUUCCCACAGUUUUCAUGCUCGUUUGUUUAUUAUUUACUUGGAUUAGACUCAUUAAAAGCUAUAAUGCUGGUCACAAUUAGAAUGCUAAUAUUUGGGGAAACUAUGCAGAAAAUAUUUUGAAGUAUUAAAAGUUAGAGUGCUA